AGAAGGCUGCACUCUGAUUUUCUCUAUCCAGCUGUGCAGGGGCUUUGCAUUCGGGGCUGAACAUCUGAUAGAUUCCACCAUGAGCUGCAGCAUCAAGAGAACAUCGAGUACCUCCUACAGGAGCGGAGGAGCGGGAGGCAUCUGUGGUGGCGGCGGCGCUGGCCGGAGCUCCUCCGUCUCCUGCAGGCGAUAUGCCUCCUCCGUGAUAGGCGGGGGGAGCUCUGCGGGGGGAGCGUGCAGCAUCGGCUACGGGGGGGGCAUGAGCGCUGGCAGCCUCGCUGGGGGCUUCGCUGGGGGCCUGGGAGGAGGCUUCGGUGCCGGGAUGGGAGGAGGCUUCGGUGGCGGGUUUGCAGGAAGCUUUGGGAUGGGGGGAGACGCCCUGCUGAGCGGCAACGAGAAGGUCACCAUGCAGAACCUCAACGACCGCCUGGCUUCCUACCUGGACAAGGUGCGGAGGCUGGAGGAAGAAAAUGCUCAGCUCGAGCACCACAUCCGCGAGUGGUACAGGAAGCAAGCUCCCACCGCCUCAAAGGACUACAGCUCCUACUACCAGACCAUCGAGCAGCUCCAGAACCAGAUCAUUUCUGCCACUGUGGACAACAACAAGAUGCUCCUGGACAUUGAUAACAGCAAGAUGACUGCUGAUGACUUCCGAAUGAAGUAUGAGAAUGAGCUGGUCAUCCGUCAAACUGUGGAGGCUGAUGUUAACGGCUUGAGAAAUCUUCUGGAUGAACUGACCCACACUCGGUCUUCACUGGAAUCCGAGCUUGAGUCCCUGAAGGAGGAGCUGAUUGCUAUUAAGAGGAACCACGAAGAGGAACUGAGACAGCUGCAGUCUCAGACUGGUGGCGACGUGAGCGUGGAGGUCAAUGCUGCUCCUGGUGAAGACUUGACAAAGAUACUAAACGACCUGAGAUGCGAGUACGAGCAGAUCAUUGAGAAGAACCGCAGAGAGGUUGAGCAGUGGUAUGAAGUCAAGAUCGAAGAAGUCAACCGGCAGGUCACUUCUAGCAGCCAGGACAUCCAGACAAGCAGCCACCAGCUCACGGAACUGAGACGCGAAAUGCAGAACCUGGAGAUCGAACUGCAGGCGCAGCUCAGCACGAAAAACUCGCUGGAGAACUCCUUGGCAGAAACCGAAUCUCGCUACGGCUGCCUGCUGCAACAAAUCCAAGGGCAGAUUAACUCCGUAGAGGAGGAGCUGGCCAGCAUCCGCUGCGAGAUGGAGAGCCAGAACCAGGAGUACAAGAUGCUGCUGGGCAUCAAGACCCGCCUGGAACAGGAGAUCGCUCAGUACCGCGCACUGCUGCAGGAGGGACAGCAAGACCUUGUAAUGCCUCAAGGAGCUCCCCAAGGCGCUCUCCAAGGAGGAAGAACCUCCCACUCCUAUUCUUCCACUUCCUACUCUCACGGACAAUCUGUUGAGAAGUCAGGACAAUCAAGAGUGUGUUAAGACACCACCAAUGCUCUGGUCUUCUCUGAUCUUCCUACUUCCACCUGAACAGUCCCGGGUACAAAGUGCUAAUACACAGCACGUGCACCGUGUGCCUACCCAGUGCACAGACUGAUCUACAAACAUCAUUCACGAAGUCAAAAGGAAUCACUGCCGGGACUCUCCUAAAAUUAUCUACUUCUUCCUUUUGUAUUGUUUUUCAUAAUGCAGUCACUGUAAUCUUUGUACAGUAAUCUGCAGUGCCAUUGGCAUCUACUUUCUGCUGGUAACAGUGCCUCUAAUAAAACUUUACUUUUCUGCAAUGCAAA